GAGAAUGAGGCCGCCAAGGGGGGGAGGAAGAGAUGGGGGCUUCCGCGGCGGGGGCCGGCGAGGCGGCGGUGGAUUUCGUGGAGGGUUUCGUGGUGGCGCGCGAGGAUUUCGAGACGAGGGUCCUCCGGAAGAGGUUGUGGCGAUCUCGACGUUCUCGCACGCUUGCGAGGGCGAGGCGGUGGUGAAGCUCGUCGCGGAUGCGAAGAUCCCGAAAUUCAAUGCCGCCAUUUUCCUGGAGAACAAGGCGCAGAUUGGAAGGGUGGAAGAAAUAUUUGGCCCCAUCAAUGAGCCCUUUUUCUCGAUUAAGAUGCAAGACGGCAUCGUCGCUACUUCCUAUCAUCCUGGCGAUAAGUUCUACAUCGAUCCGAGGCAGACGCUAGAACUCACACGAUUCACGCAACCACAAGCUGGUGGUGGCGGCUUUGGUCGCGGCGGAGGUAGAGGCGGCGGUGGAAGAGGCCGCGGGCGUGGAGGAGGAUUCCGUGGCGGAAGAAAUGGCGGCGGCGGCGGAUUCCGUGGCGGAAGAAGCAGCGGUGGUGGUGGAUUCCGGGGACGUGCCAGAGGUCGUGGAAGAUUCUAACCACAAGCUCUCUUUAGAUACUCCUUUGUGAAAUUUUCUCUCUUUGCUAACACGAGAGCUUCUCGA